UUAUUUGGUACGUAGGAACUUUGCCAACUAAUUCUGGCAAAAUGUUUGGUGUGGAAGUUCUGAGCAAGGAAGCCAUUGGACAUGGUACCACAGAUGGAACCUUCAGAAACCAAAGGUUUUUUGAGUGUCAGCAAGACUGUGGUGUUUUUGUGUCAAUGGACAAAAUACGACCAGUUCCAGAAUCUUCAAGAUCACCACGAAGGGACGCAUCAUCACCACAAAAAUCAAGCAAAGGAUCAUUUACCUUAAAAGACAUGUUACCAAGUGGAUUCAGAACAAAUAAAAGAGACCAAAAUUUUCCAAAUUAUAGUGAAAAAYUGAGUAUAGACCAGAAAGUUGUGGUGUUUUUGCGUGAUGAACCAGUAAGAGGAUGGGUUAGAUACAUUGCUGAAACUGUAGAAUCUGAUGGUGGUAUACCUGUAGGUCUUGAACUGAAACAGAAACUGGGAAGUGGUACAGGAAUGUUUAAGAGAAGACAGCGGUUUGUNGAUCGAAACAACUUGGAUCGAAACGUCUUUGGAUCGAAACGACCGGUAUUCGGUUCACUUGCACUGAUCAUUACCCAAAUCAUGAUAGCCAAUAAGGUCCGCUUCACACAACAACAUUAG